GACGUCCUAGGAGCCACCGGGCGAGAGGCGGAGGAGACCCAGAGAGGCGAGAGGGACAGCGGGCCCCAGCGCGCGGCUCGGGGCUGGGGCGCCAGAAGUGGGACUGGAGCGAAGUAGAGCGAUGCCAAGAAGGAAACAGCAGGCACCCAAGCGGGCGGCAGGCUAUGCCCAGGAGGAACAACUGAAGGAAGAGGAGGAAAUAAAAGAGGAAGAGGAGGAGGAGGAGGACAGUGGUUCCGUGGCUCAGCUUCAGGGCAGCAAUGACACGGGGACAGACGAGGAGCUAGAAACGGGCCCAGAGCACAAAGGUUGCUUCAGCUACCAGAACUCCCCAGGAAGUCACUUGUCCAACCAGGACGCCGAGAACGAAUCUCUGCUGAGCGAUGCCAGCGACCAGGUGGCGGACGUCAAAAGUGUCUGCAGCCGAGAUGCCUCGGACAAGAGGCCCAACGCCCACGCCAAGGCUCCCAGCGAAGCCCACAACUGCAUGGAUAAAAUGACCGCCGUCUACGCCAACAUCUUGUCCGAUUCCUACUGGUCGGGCCUGGGCCUCGGCUUCAAGCUGUCUGGCAGCGAGAGGCGGAACUGUGACACCCGAAAUGGCAACACCAAGAGUGAUUUUGACUGGCACCAAGAUGCGCUCUCUAAAAGCUUGCAGCAGAACUUGCCUUCGAGAUCCGUCUCCAAGCCCAGCCUGUUCAGCUCGGUGCAGCUGUACCGGCAGAGCAACAAGGUGUGUGGGACGGUGUUCACCGGCGCCAGCAGGUUCCGCUGCCGCCAGUGCAGCGCUGCCUAUGACACCUUGGUGGAGUUGACUGUGCACAUGAACGAGACGGGCCACUACCAAGAUGACAACCGCAAGAAGGACAAGCUAAGGCCCGCGAGCUACUCGAAGCCCCGGAAAAGGGCUUUCCAGGACACGGACAAGGAGGAUGCUCAGAAGGUGCUGAAAUGCAUGUUUUGUGGCGACUCCUUCGAUUCCCUCCAGGAUCUGAGCGUCCACAUGAUCAAAACAAAACAUUACCAAAAAGUGCCUUUGAAGGAGCCAGUUCCAACCAUUUCAUCGAAAAUGGUCACCCCGGCGAAGAAGCGUGUUUUUGACGUCAAUCGGCCGUGCUCCCCCGAUUCCACCACGGGGUCCUUUGCGGAUUCCUUUUCUUCGCCGAAGAAUGCCAGCCUGCAGUUGUCUUCCAACAACCGCUAUGGCUACCAAAACGGCGCCAGCUACACCUGGCAGUUCGAGGCCUGCAAGUCCCAGAUCUUAAAGUGCAUGGAGUGUGGCAGCUCCCACGACACCUUGCAGCAGCUCACCACCCACAUGAUGGUCACUGGUCACUUUCUCAAGGUCACCAGCACUGCAUCCAAGAAGGGGAAGCAGCUGGUCCUAGACCCACUCGCCGUGGAGAAAAUGCAGUCAUUGUCGGAAGCCCCCAACAGCGACCCCCUCACUCCCAAGCCAUCCAGUAACUCAGCGUCCGACUGCUCGGCCUCCUCAACCGAGCUGAAGAAAGAGAGCAAAAAGGAAAAAGCCGAGGACAAUUGCAAGGAUGAGAAAACAGUGAAAAACGAGGAAUACGAAGAUCCUCUGCAAAAACCACUGGACCCGACCAUCAAAUACCAGUACCUAAGGGAGGAGGACUUGGAAGAUGGUUCCAAGGGUGGCGGGGACAUUCUGAAGUCAUUGGAAAAUACUGUAACCACAGCCAUCAACAAGGCUCAGAACGGGGCUCCCAGCUGGAGUGCGUACCCCAGCAUCCACGCAGCCUACCAGUUGUCAGAAGGCAGCAAGCCGCCCCUGCCGCUGGGGUCCCAGGUCUUGCAGAUUCGGCCUAAUCUCGCCAACAAGUUACGACCAAUUGCCCCAAAGUGGAAAGUCAUGCCACUCGUUUCCGUGCCGGCCAACUUGGCCCCAUACGCACACGUGAAGAAGGAACCGGAAGACAAAGAGGAAGUGACGAAGGAGUGUGGGAAAGAAAGCCCCCACCCUGAGGCCUCGUCCUUCAGCCAGAGCGAGGGGGAGUCUUUCCCCAGAAGCGAAGCACCUCCAGAACCCAAGAAGGUGGAGUUGUGUGCCCUGAAGGAAGAAGACAAACUAGCCAUGGAGGGCAGCGAGAAGGAGAAGCCUCAGGCCUUGGAGCCGGCAUCUUCGCUCAGCAACGGAUGUGCCCUUGCCAACCACAGUCCGGCCCUGCCCUGCAUCAACCCACUCAGUGCCCUGCAGUCCGUCCUGAACAAUCACCUGGGCAAAGCCACGGAACCCCUACGCUCUCCUGCCUGUGCCAGCCCAAGCUCAAGCACAAUGCCCUUGUUCCACAAGUCGAAUCUCAGUGUCGUGGACAAGCCCGUGUUGAGCCCUGCCUCUGCGAGGCCAGCCAGUGUGUCCAGGCGCUACCUGUUUGAGAACGAUCAGCCCAUCGACCUGACCAAGUCCAAAAGCAAGAAAGCCGAGUCCUCGCAAGCACAGUCCUGCACGUCCCCCCCUCAGAAGCACGCUCUGUCCGACAUCGCGGACAUGGUCAAAGUCCUCCCCAAAGCGACCACGCCAAAGCCGGCCGCCUCCUCCAGGGUCCCUCCCAUGAAGCUGGAGAUGGAUGUCAGGCGCUUUGAGGACGUCUCCAGCGAAGUCUCAACUUUGCACAAGAGGAAAGGCCGGCAGUCCAACUGGAACCCCCAGCACCUUCUGAUUCUGCAAGCUCAGUUCGCCUCGAGCCUCUUCCAGACAUCAGAAGGCAAAUACCUGCUGUCCGAUCUGGGUCCUCAAGAGCGGAUGCAAAUCUCCAAGUUCACGGGACUCUCCAUGACCACCAUCAGCCACUGGCUGGCCAACGUCAAGUACCAGCUCCGGAAAACUGGCGGGACAAAGUUUCUGAAAAACAUGGACAAAGGACACCCCAUCUUUUAUUGCAGUGACUGUGCCUCCCAGUUUAGAACCCCUUCUACCUACAUCAGCCACUUGGAAUCUCACCUGGGUUUCCAAAUGAAGGACAUGACCCGCAUGGCCGUGGACCAACAAAGCAAGGUGGAACAAGAGAUCUCCCGGGUAUCAUCGGCUCAGAGGUCUCCGGAAACAAUAGCUGGCGAAGAGGACACGGACUCUAAAUUCAAGUGUAAGUUGUGCUGUCGGACAUUUGUGAGCAAACAUGCAGUAAAACUCCACCUAAGCAAAACGCACAGCAAGUCACCCGAACACCAUUCACAGUUUGUAGCAGACCUGGAUGAAGAAUAGCCCUGCAGGACAAAUGCCUUAGCCUCCACCUCCCAGCCUGGACCCGCCUCGUGCGAAGGCCUUCUUCAUUGCAUCACACGCCCUGACACUGAACUCGCCGAACGCCUCUUGACACCCCGCUCUGAGAAGGCUGCCAAAAAAAAAGUCACCCCAGCCAUUUCUCUUCAUCCUCACUAACAAUUUGGUAAUGAAUUAUUGAUUUCCACUUCUCUGCUUAUGGACGAUAUUAGAUUUUCAUUGAUAAACUGCAAUGGGCCUGUCUCGUCUCCACGGUCCUCUUCUCGCUGUCCCGAGAAAACAAAGUGCCACUGAAGAGAAAGAGUGAUGGAGGACGCUGAUGGACUUACUCCGUCAGCCUCUAACAGGCAAGGGAGGGG